AUGGCUGCUGCGCUCAAGAACCUUGUUUCGGAGAAGUCGACACUGCCUGACCUCGUGGUGCAUCGAGGCUUUCAUCCCAUUAAUGAGUACAAUAAUCCCAAUCUCAUCCCAGGCAUGUAUCCUACUUUGUUCCCAUUUGGUAUCGGAGGAUUUGAAGACGAUACUCGAUCUAAAGCUCUGUCUUUCCAGCAACAGGCUCAAUACUACCUGAACAUAGCAGAUCGCUCUUUUCGAUACCACCAUUCAUUUAUAUUCGUGGUGUGGAACAUGAUUCAACGUCGAAUGGCCCAUCUUAAAACUUUCUUUACUCAAGUUGCACAAAAUCUUACCAAAAUAUCGCCUGCUAUUCUGGACAGUCUUGCCUCGAAAGUAGAGCGCGAGCAUAGAUUUUCGGACUUGGCGCCUGCUGAACGAAACGCGAUGAAUCUCCUGAAGCAAAUACGGAGUUAUUUCAGUUACUUCGGUUUGUCUCAUCUUUUUUUCACGUUUAACCCAUGUCCGGCUCAUAGUCCUAUCUUUCAGGUUAUGUACGGUGAUCAGACCGUUGAUUUGUCGCAUCGAUUUCCUCGCCUUGCUUCAGCAUGGGAACAUGCUAUGCAUCUUGCCCACGAUCCUGUAGCUGCAGCAGAUUUCUAUGAAUUCUCUUUCAAGUGCUGCUUCAAGUACCUCCUUGGCUGGAAUUUCAAAACACGGUCAUCUUCUCUUCUUUGGCGUUAA